GUACAUGCGCUUUCGGCUCUGAUUUUAUGAAACGCUUUUAUCAUAGAAUGAUGAGCACCCGCUUCCGCUUUUGUGCUGCCUUCCUUGUUGUUUCCACACUUCAGGCUGCCUCCACGUGUGUUCAGAGUUAUGCCAGUCAACAGCCGGAGAUCGCAAGGAAAAGAUGCUGCUGUGCAGGGGACUAAUGACAGCAGUGUGGUCAGUAAGGUGUCAGCCGCAGCACAGGGCUACUUCCACGAUGAUUUCCAGAAGCAUUUUGUGUGCAAGGUGUCAAGAAGAGCUCCACUGAUUAAUAGAGGUUAUUACGUGCGCUGGAAAGCAGUCGAUUACUGUCUGAAACAGUUUUUCAAUGCCACUCAAUCCUGCUCGAGGAGACAGAUUCUGUCACUUGGAGCUGGGUUUGACUCCUUGUAUUUCCGGCUGCAUGCAGAAGGAGCCCUUAGAGGCGUCACAGUUUUCGAGGUUGACUUUCCAGAAGUUGCCCGGCGCAAGGCUGCCUUGAUCAAUAGCAAUACUUGCUUGAAGGACACGUUGCCAGAUAGGGAGACUUCCUCAAAUCAGCAGACAAAUGCUGUGUUCAUCAGAAGUGGUCAUUAUAAUCUGAUUGGUGUGGAUGUCAGGAAGGAGCAGGAGGUGGAGGUGACUCUGAGCGGAGCUGGACUACAGUGGGACGCUCCCACACUUGUCUUGUCAGAGGUCGUGCUGACUUAUAUGGAAACACAAUGGUCAGAUGCUGUGAUUGGCUGGGCUGCCAAGUUACUCCCACAGUCUGUGUUUGUGAUGUAUGAACAGAUCCACCCAGAUGACCCGUUUGGCAGGGUCAUGCAGAACCACUUUUUGAAGCUCAAUUCUACCAUACACGCUCUCAAACAAUAUCCAGACACUGUCGCUCAGACGCAGAGAUUCAUACAGAAGGGCUGGGAAAAAUGUGUCUGUCUGGAUAUGAACAAGUUCUACUUUGACCUUAUACUUGAAGAUGAGAGGCAGAGAGUCGAGGGACGGGAGCCUUUUGAUGAGUUUGAGGAAUGGAACCAGAAAUGUUCCCAUUACUUCAUCCUUACAGCCUCCAAAGGCUCUACGACCAAUCAAGCACUUCUCACACUUCCGAAUGUGUCCUCCAUCCCUCACAUGACUCCUCAGUGGGCCGAGCACCCUCCAUUGGUUAUUCAGCCCAUGUGUGGGUCUCCGAGUAUAGAGGCCAUUGGUAUGGCUUCUGCUGUUCUGGCACCUGGAAUCAUCUUACUCACUGGAGGCUUUGGGAGAAGUGGAAGAGACACAGCAGCGAGGGUCCUGAUCAAAGAGAAGGAUGGCUGGAAGUGUGUCUGUGUGGAAGCUCAUGGAGAUCAAGUGGUUAGUGUUUAUCAGACGUUGACCUCUAUCCCUGGACGUGGAGCCGUCCUCUUCGGUGGCAGAACUUCUCCACUCAAUCCAACAGGCAGUGUGGUGUGUGUGACCUUUGACCCUGGUAACGAGCAAUCCCAAAGUGCUGUACAGCUGUCAUUUAGGAACAUGGUUUGCACCGGCACUGGUCCAAAACCACGAUGGCGACACACAUCAACCUUGAUAUGCUAUAAAGAUAAGACCUUUCUAUUUGUGUUUGGAGGACGUACAGAGAAGGAUCCAGUUCUAAGUGAUGCACAUUUCCUGUGUUUGGAGGACAAACACUGGACUGAGAUGACAGUUGUUGGUGCUGUUCCGGAAGCCCGUCAUUCCCAUUCUGCUUGCCCCUAUGGAGGGGGGCUUUUAAUAUUUGGAGGUUUGGGGAAAGGUGGCAGACCUCUCUGUGAUGCUUUCUACCUGAGACACACAUCAUCAGGUUUCUGUUGGGAGACAAAGAAUUUACAUCCACCCCCAAUUCCCAGAUAUUCUCACUCAGCCCAUGUAGUAAAUGAGAAGUUGGUUGUGGUUGGUGGAGUUUGGCUUCAGGCUGAUGGAGUACCAGGAGUUGCUGUAAUAAAUCUGAGCACUGGGAGCUGUGUGGAGAUCCCGCUGGAUACUUCAUCUGUGCCUUGGCCUUUGAUGUUGCAUUCAUUCUGCUCUGAGCUGCUGGACUCUGAGGGGUCUGAGAUGGUGCUCAUUGGUGGAGGUGGAAAUUGUUUCUCAUUUGGAACUCACCUCAAUCUCCACCCCGUAACUGUAGAUCUAAGACAAAUACUUUGCAAUUCAUAUUAGUCCAAUUACAAACUACAAACAGGCAACAAAUGUGUU